AUGGUUGAAGAUCCCAAAGAAUUAUGGGAUUGCCUUAAUGAAAGAUUUGGAUACCACAAAAGGGUGCUCCUUCCCAAGGCAUUAUUUGACUGGACAAAUUUACGGUUCCAGGAUUUCAAAUCUGUAAUUGAUUACAAUUCAACCAUACAUGAAAUAGUAUCUAUAUUGAGAUAUUGUGAUCAUCUAGUCACCGAUGAACAGAUGAUUGAAAAAACACUCACUACCUUUCAUGCAAGCAACAUACUGUUGCAAGAACAAUAUCGUGAAAGAGGUUUCAAAAGGUUUAAUGAAUUAAUGAGUGUAUUGCUUGUUGCGGAACAAAAUAGUGAUCUUUUGUUGAAAAAUCAUAAUCUUAGACUAACAGGGUCUUUGGCCACUCAUCAUGAGGCAAAUGCAACAAGUUCUUAUCCACCCGAGGCAAAUGCUACACGAAGAGGUGGACGUGGAUAUUACAAUGGCCGUGGAAAUUAUCGCGGACGAGGCUGA